GUGGCCGGAGGAGCAGCAGCAGCAUGGAGCAACAGCACUGGACCCAGAGGAGGCGCCGGAGGAGCCGGAGGAGCAGAAGAACCUGCCGACUGAGGGAGGUCCAGGACCAGCAGAGACAGGUGGACCUUCAUCCAGUCCAAAGGCCUGAACCCUCCACUUCUGUCCACAUUUGUGAAGUGGUUGGACAGAAGAGGUCCUGGACCACAGACGUGCCCUGGAAGAUCUCGCAGCUCCAGGUGGACCAGCAUGUGUCCAGGCUGCAGUUGGAGAUAGACAGUCACCAAGAGCUUUGGAAGGAUGUCCACUGGCUGGAUCAGAGACUGGAGAAGAACUGGAGCAGGGUGAAAGACUCCACUCUUCAGACCUUCCUCCCAAACCAGGACGACAAGCAGAUCUUUCAGAACCAAGAGUCGGACUUCACCACAGAAGAGCUGGAGUCUCCGCAGGAAGCAGAGCCGCGUCUCAGAGUCAGCCCAGUGGGGGUGCUGGACUCUCUCAGACCGGGUCUCCGAUACGCCUGCCUGCAGGAGAGGGUCCCGGGUCGGCCCUGGAGCAGGUUCGUGAUGGUGCUGCGGCUUAACGGGCGGGUGUUUGAAGGCUGCGGUCAUAGCAAGAGACGUGCCAAAGCUCAGGCGGCAGCAGCAGCUCUGUGGACGCUCUUCAGUCUGGGACCACAGAGGACCGCGCAGGGUGGACGCGCCCGAAACCGGCUCCCACAGGUCUUUGCAGAGUCCGUCUUCAGUCUGGUGAUGCAGAAGUUCUCAGAGCUGGAGGGUCAGUGCUUUUUGGAGACCCGUCACAAAGUCCUAGCUGGUGUCGUGAUGACGCGAGGACUGGACCUGCAGUCAGCCAGGGUGCUGUGUUUGGCUACAGGGACCAAAUGUGUGAACUCAAACCACAUCUGCGACCCGUACUCCACCGUGAAGGACUGUCAUGCUGAGGUGAUGUGCAGGAGAGCGCUGGUCCGAUUCCUGUAUGCACAGCUGGAACUGCUGCUCUGCUCCUCACCAGAAGCCUCGAGGUCGUGCAUCUUUGUAGCAGACGACGGGGUCCGAUUCCAGCUGCGGAGCGACGUCCACUUCCACAUGUUCAUCAGCUGCUCGCCGUGCGGAGACGCGCGACUGAACUGUCCGUACGAGACGGUGGCCAGAGGUGAGACCGAGCUUCCAAGAAGUCAGCAUCAUGUCAACUCCAGACAGUCAAAGUGUCUUCUCCCAGAUUUCUGCUGCAGGUUUCGCGGCGGCCUCAGGGUGAAGGUGGACGGAGGCGAGGGAACGCUGCCGCUCCCGUCACAGAUGGCCGGUCUGAAGAGGGUCCAAGAGUCACCGGGGGGGCGUCGCGCCAGCAUGUCCUGCACUGACAAGCUAGCAAAGUGGUGCGUUGUAGGCCUGCAGGGGGCGCUGCUGUCGCACCUGAUCCAGCCUGUGUACCUUAACAGCCUGACGGUGGGGACGCUGAGUCACGCGGGUCACCUGGGCGGAGCAAUUGCCCGCCGCCUCGCGCCAGUGAGACACCUGGUGGCGCCAUACCGACGUCAGCGGCUCCUGCUCGGCUGUCUGAGCCGCAGCAACAGUCGUCCACCAGGAAGAGCUCCAGCAGUGAGUCUGAACUGGACCGAAGGAGACCCCAGUUUUGAGGAGGUCAGCACCUCCACUGGGAGGAAGGGAGACACAGGGGGGCCAUCACGUCUCUGCAGGAGGUCUCUCUUCACCCGAUGGCGGGCCCUGCGGGUCCAGCCAGGACCGGAUCACCACCAGAAAACUCAUGCGGGAUCCAAGGCCGCACAGGACUACCACAGAGCUGUGCAGCAGUUCAGGACAACACUGGAACAGGCUGGACUCGGGCAAUGGACCAGAACCACACGGCACAACCAGCUCUGACUGUUCACACACGCGUCCUUGUUUGACCACAUGCUGACACGGCACACAAAACACCUGGAGGGUCAAAGUUCAGAGCCACAAAAGCAGAUGUCCAUCACAGGUGUUUUAUUUCCCAACAGAGUAACAACUGUGCUUUUAUUCUGAAGGACACACGGAGAGAAGCUGCAACUGUCACGAGUUAGUCUUUUUAAAUGUGCUUCAGUGACACAGACGCACACACACCUAUACACACUCAGGAGCAUAAGACAUAGACUCACCUAUCGUUUAUACUUAUUUCUAUUCCAGCGACUGCCCACCUGUCAACGACAGAGCGAGUCCUGCACAUGUACAACAGUAACUAAAGUUCUGUGAAGUAAAUUACCAACCAAUUUUAAACUGUUUUCUGUGGUAGUUCACAGAGCAGCGGGUAGAGGGCGCACUGGCGCAGCACUGCUCAACACACGUGUGCAACACUAUCGCUUCUCCAGCGGCAUCACCGGAGACUUUCGUCAACAUGGGGCAAAUUCAUGUGUUCACAACUGGGAAACCGACUUCGACAAGUUGUUAGAGGAAAGGCUGAACUCGUUCAAGGACGUUAACAAACGUGACGACAUCUAAAGUUGUUAGUGCCAGCUCUUCUUCUCAACUCAUUCCUGAUGAUUCAAACUAGAACCAACAGCGCCAGUCAGUCAUCAAGUCAGGUUUGGUGCUUCUAUUUUGGCGGUCGAGUCUUCCAACAAUUUCCGAUGAUCAGGCAUUUGACCUCCUGACCUGGUCACAUGACUGAAGAGAAGACGCUCAUUCAUUCAGUGGACACACCAGGUGGCUCCCUAACAGGUGCAAGUGUAACCCCAACUCUGAGGGAUCAGGGCGGCUUGAUACUUCUACGUCUAUGUCGGCUACCACAGGC